AUGACCUACGCUACAAUCCAGAGCACCACUACGUACGUGCACUUCCACUCCCGGACUUGCAUCGAAGCAAUGGCGUCCAAACCCACAGCAUGUUUCCCGGCGCUCUUCCUGGCGCUGAACCUCCUCCUGGUCGCCGGGGUCCGCGGCCAGACCCCCGCGGCCGGCCGCAACCCGUGCCCGACGAACGCGCUGGCCGACCUCAAGGUGUGCGCCGACGUGCUGGUGCUGCUCAAGCUCAAGAUCAACGUGCCGGCCAACCAGCAGUGCUGCCCCAUGAUCGGGCAGCUCGUCAAGCUCGACGUCGCCGCCUGCCUCUGCGCCGCCAUCAAGCUCAGCGUCCUCGGCAUCCCCAUCAACCUGCCGCUCGACAUCCCCCUCGUCCUCAACUACUGCGGCCGGAACGCAACUGCAGCCGGCUCCAAAUGCUCGUGA